AAACUCAAAAUCCCUAAAGUUCUAAACCCUCCAAAACCCUCGUUUCUCACAGUCACAGGCUCAUAGCUCCCCAGUUCUCUGUGUAUCCAUCACUCGAUUAUUCCCUAAGAAUUUCUGCAAGUUUUCGAAUUAGAGAUAAAGAUGAGAUCUUUAAGAGGUAAAGCUUCGAACCUUGCUGUUAUUUCCAAGUAUUUGAAUUCAAAUGGGUCAGCUUUUCCCUUAUUAUUGAGAUUGCAAUUGUUUAGUUCAACAAUGGAUGGUCAUAAUAUUAAUGGGCAGUUCAGAAAUUAUAGUUAUAAUAGUCGUAGAAAUGAUGAUUAUGUUGAUGAUGAUGAUAAUAAAAAGUUUUCUGGGAAGAAUAGAGGAGAUUUUAACGCACCCCAGAAAAGUUUUAGGUCUUCAGGAGGUGAUAGACCACAAAUGCCUCAAUUUAAUGGAAAAACUGAUUACCCAGAUCGUAAUUAUAGGCGUCAAGGAAGAAAUGAUGGGUUUAAAAAUCCCUUAAAUUUUGAUGAAGAAAGUGGGGUUGGAGGGGUUGGUUUGAGUUGGGAUCAAGAGGGUAGGAAGAACUAUCAGCCAUCGGUUAGCGAGCUCUUGGAUAGGCAAGGUCCGGCGAAAGGCGAGGAAAGGGUUGGGAAAGAGAGGGGAGAGAGUGAAUUUCUUGACAAGUUUAAGCUUGGUGAUGUAAGUAAGGUGGAAGAGAAAUCUGAUGAGGUAGAGGAAGAGGCAAAGGCGAAGGAGGAUUCCGAGGUGCCGUCUCAGGAAGAGAGGAUGGCGGCGCCUAAGAAAGCUGAUGAGAUUUUUAAGAAAAUGAAACAAAGUGGUCUGAUUCCUAAUGCUGUGGCAAUGCUUGAUGGCCUUUGUAAGGAUGGUUUGGUCCAUGAAGCUAUGAAGCUUUUUGGGAUGAUGCGUGAGAAGGGUUCAAUGCCAGAGGUUGUUGUGUAUACGGCUGUGGUUGAAGGGUUUUGCCAGGCGCAGAACUUUGAUGAUGCUAAGAGGAUUUUCAGGAAAAUGCAGAACAAUGGGAUUGUACCGAAUGCAUUUAGUUAUACUGUUUUGAUCAGAGGUCUUUGCAAAGGGAACAGAUUGGAUGAUGCUGUUGAAUUUUGUGUGGAAAUGCUGGAAAAUGGUCAUUCUCCAAAUGUGAUUACAUUCACUGAGCUGGUUCUUGAGUUUUGUAAGGAGAAGGGAGUUGAAGAAGCACAAAAUAUUAUCCUUACAUUGAAACAAAAGGGAUUACUUUUGGAUGAGAAGGCAGUUAGAACCUAUUUGGACAAGAAUGGUCCAACAUCCCCUCUGGUAUGGGAAGCAAUCUUCGGGCCUAAGAAGACCGCACAGAGGCCAAUCUAAGCUUCCCAUGCCGAAAGAUGAUCUGUUGUUGAAAAAAAGUGCUAUCAAGUUCACUUAAUUGCCUGGUUAAUGUACUCUGAUGGAGAAAAUUGCAACAGAGAAUCUCAUUCAUUGACAGAAAACAUCAUGCCUAGUGAGUGCUUGGUC